UUGUCUCGGAGCCUUAGUUUAAUGAGUGUUGAAAAAGAACAAGAGCAUCUUCUUUGCUACGAUUUUCAGCUAAGUUUCUUAUAGUCCUUAUAUAUUUAUAUAUAUUUAUUUUAGUGUGUUUUGUUAGUGGAGGAAAUAACUGUAAAAGUUGUCUAAUUGUGUUAAAAUAGUUGAAUAAUGUACGAAAUGAAAACUUUAUUACCGCAAUUCGACAUACAGUUACCCACUUGUAUGUACGAAAUGAAAAGUCUCACUACAAAAAAUAAGAACUCUGUGCAGGGUUUACUUUGUAAAAUUGGUGCAGGCCAGGUCACGUCUACUCCUACCGCCUCUGCAGUUAGCACAUGUUGUCCUUUGGAUUUGGAUAUGCUGGCUUUACAGAUACAACAACAACUAUUAAAGAUAUCUGGUGAUGAUGCUCAAGAGGUGAUUUUGCGCCAAGAGAAAAUCUUACAACAAUUAAAUGACUUGAAAGCUCAAUUGUGCGAUAUUCGAAUUAGUUUGGGUUUUAACGAAAAGGAAGAGAAAUCAUCACAUAUGGCUAAGUCAUCAUAUGUUCUCAAUGUACUUAACGGCGGUUUAAGAGAGGAGCCUUUACAUGAUAUUGUGAUCAACGGCCAUCCGAAAUUUAUACCCUAUGCUUUGUUAGCUUUGAAAAACGCCUGGAAAGAUUUAUAUACUCUGGAUGUGAAGACGUUCACUCAUGCAACCGUAAGCGAUAUUGGAACAGAAGCCAAAGAUUUUGAGCAGGCUUUAAAAACAGUGCCUGUGAAUACUAACAACCCAAAAAUUAUUAUCACUUUGAUAUGGAAAAAUUGUGAACACACCGAAAUGAUUAGCUCACCGACAAUGUAUGUACCUAUCUAUGGCGAAGUAAAUAUCAUACGUUAUUUGGCUCGAGUUGGACCUCAAGAGUACCGGUAUGAAAAUUCACCGCUAUGCAAUGAAAUCGAUGCCGUUUUGGAUAUAUGCUAUCAGCUGUUACGUUGCACGAUUCCCAAGAGUAAAGCCAACAUGCUAAAAGCUUUACAUAAUCGUUUAAAAAAUCAGCAGUAUUUUGGCGGCAACACAAUGUCUGUCGCCGAUAUUGGUGUACACAGUUCCCUUAAACGUAUGCCUGGCAUAAGUGAUAAAGACUUAACGCCAGCUUUGCUUGAAUGGCGAAAUCGUGCGGCUAAGGUAACUCUUAUAUAAAGACAGAAUAGUUGCGUUGCUUUCAAUACUCUCUUUAUUAAAUAAAAACAACUUAUCGUUUUGUGUAUCAAAAUUUGAAUUUUU